AUGGCGCGUGAGCCCUUUUGGCAGCGCUGCCAACGGCUUUGGCACGAAGGUGUGGUGCCGUUGCGACCAAGUCUUUGCAGUGAACGACUUGCGCCCCUUUUGCGGGAGCACUCUGAGUUCGCCAUGGCUCAGGAGGUCUUACAUGCUAGAGUUCCAAUUCUCAAGCUUUGUUUUGAGGGUGAGUUAGAAGUAGAUCUCUCGUGCCACAAUACACUUCCAUUGCAAAAUACAAAGCUUCUCAAGGCAUAUUCCAGCUUGGAUGAAAGGGUUCGGGAUCUCGUGAUUACAGUGAAGCUCUGGGCAAAGGCCCACGAAGUUUGCGGUGCAUCCCAGUCGCACCUGUCGUCCUACGCACUGACCUUGAUGGCCAUCUACUUCAUGCAGGUUCACCCAAAGAUCAAGCUCGUGAUGCUUCCUGUUGGACUUUUUAAGGAGGAUGGGAACCCCGAUGUAGAGCAGAAGGUCAAGGCAGCCCGCAGCUCCUGGAACUGUUCGCUCUCGCUUGGGCAGAUGGUGCUCCGUUUCUUUCAAUUCUACAGCCAGGAGUUUUCUUGGGGAAAGGAGGUCGUUUCUGUUCGCUUCGGGCAGCGGAUUAGUAGCAACGAGACCGUGCUUCAAAAGUUGAAGGGAAGGCAUUGCGAUCGCCUGCAUGUGGAGGAUCCCGUGGACGAGUCGAGGAACCUGAACUGUGUGCUUGGAGAGAUGCAGGAGAUGUGCUUGUUGCAAAACAUUCAGGCUACUUAUGCCAGGCUGCAAAAACAUGAAGGUUCGUGGUUGGUGUUUCCACCGCAGAGGGCGGCCAAAGAGGAACCACAUGCAGGGGGCGAGCCGGCAGCCAGACCUGGGCGUAAGCUCUCGGUCCAUGACCACUUGCCAAUCGGACAAGAGAGGAUGCCGGCACCAACUGCUGCGGAGGCUUUGCGCCACACAGAUGCAGAGGUCACUGCAAACACACGGACCCACAGCCUUAGUGAGGCUAGCACUGCCGCCAGCUGUGCUUCCAGCACAGACGAGGCCACGAAUGAACAUCAGGAUCAUAUUGGAGUACGAGCCGCAGACACUGGCGCCUACUUGGAGGCCCCAAAUGGCGGGGCCAUGCGCGGCCAUCGCCACGCCAAGGAGUCGAGGAAUGGCCGCGAAAGCGGCACAGAGGCAUGUUGGAUGCCAGGACCGAUGGACAAGGGCUUUGCUCGCGGCUAUGGCCAACAUCCAGAGCACGCGAUGCAUGAGCACUUGAUGGUGGAUCAAGGGCAGGAGGCAGGCAAGUCCAUCCUCCGGCUCGUGAAGUCAGAUGUUCAGCAACCCGCCGACACAGGGCGCGCGUGGGCCCCCGCCUCGCCGCCAGUUCCGAGUUCAACGUUACUGCCACAGCCGCCAUAG